CAGGCGUCGUCGCCCCACUUGCUCCCGAGUGCCCCGCGAGACAGAGGGAGACAAACGGCCGCCGCGGAGCCGCCCUGCAGCCGGCAAUGGUCGCCCCACGGGCUUGUCUGACCAAAGCCUUCUCGUGCUUCCCGUUCCUGCUGGUCCUCAUCGACCUGCAGUAUGAAGGAGCAGAAGGCGGUAUAAAUUCCGAAGUUGAAAAACACUUGGAGAUGGGGAAGAAGCUUUUGGCUGCAGGACAGUUGGCAGAUGCUUUGUCUCAUUUUCAUGCAGCCAUUGAUGGAGAUCCAGAGAACUAUGUUGCCUAUUAUAGAAGAGCCACAGUCUAUCUAGCUAUGGGUAAAUCCAAGUCUGCUCUUCCAGAUCUAAGUAAGGUCAUUGAACUGAAGCCAGACUUCACAGCAGCUAGAUUGCAGAGAGGAAAUUUGCAACUAAAACAAGGGAAACUGGAUGAAGCAGAGAAGGACUUUAAGAGAGUGCUGCAAACUAACCCCACUGAGAAGGAAAAAAAGGAAGCCACGUCUCAACUGGUUAAAGCAGAUGAACUGCAACGAUUGAUGACUCAGGCACAAGCUGCAUAUAAACAUGAGGAUUACCGUACUGCUGUUGUAUUCCUAGACACUCUUAUUGAGACAUGUGUUUGGGAUUCUGAGUUGAGAGAACUCCGGGCAGAUUGCUACAUGCAGAUUGAUGAACGUGGAAAAGCAAUAAGUGACCUAAAAGUGGCAUCAAAAUUGAAAAAUGAUAAUACUGAAGCAUUCUACAAAAUCAGCAUAAUCUAUUACCAACUUGGAGACCAUGAAAUGUCUCUUGGUGAAAUUCGGGAAUGCUUGAAGCUGGACCCAGAUCACAAACGAUGUUUUGCGCACUAUAAACUAGUAAAGAAACUUAACAAGCAACUGAUGUCUGGAGAAGACUUCAUUAGACAAGAAAAAUACUCUGAUGCUAUCAGUAAAUAUGAAACUGCUAUGAAAAUUGAACCAGAUGUUCCCCAGUUCACUAUGUAUGCAAAGGAAAGAAUUUGCCAUUGCUUAUCCAAGAGCAAGCAAGCUAAAGAAGCCAUCAACAUCUGCACAGAACUAUUGGAGAAGGAUCCAAACAAUUCAAAUAUAUUACGAGAUCGAGCAGAAGCAUAUAUUUUAGAGGAACAUUAUGAAGAAGCGGUUAAAGACUAUGAAAAUGCACGAGAUCACAAUGAUGAUGACCAAGGCAUAAAAGAAGGGUUGGAAAAGGCACAGAAACUUCUUAAACAAUCACAGAAAAAAGAUUAUUACAAGAUAUUGGGAGUGAAGAGAACUGCCAAGAAACAGGAGAUUAUAAAAGCGUACAGGAAAUUAGCAAUGCAGUGGCAUCCUGAUAACUUCCAGGAAGAAAGGGAAAAGAAACAAGCGGAGAAAAAAUUUAUUGACAUAGCAUCUGCAAAAGAAGUGCUCACCGAUCCAGAGAUGAGGAAGAAGUUUGAUUCGGGGGAGGAUCCUCUGGACCCAGAAAACCAGCAAGGAGGAGGAGGAGGGGGUGGCCAAUUUCACAGAUCUUGGAACCAAUGGCAGGGAUUUAAUCCUUUUGGCUCAGGAGGACCUUUCAAUUUUAAAUUCCACUUUAACUAGGUCUGGGAGUAUUGAUGACUCACCUCAAAAAGAAUUCAUAAAAAUAAGGAUGUUGAAUUUGAUGCAAAAAACCAAGAGAGCUAAAGGUUUCCUAUUGUAACUUUUGUUCAGCCAAAAAUGUUCAGAAUGUAUUAUUUUCAGAUACAAAGGAUGGUUCUUUGAAAUAUUUUCCUUAAAUGUAAUAAAAUACAACCUAAUAAAGCAACUUGCCUUAUAAAUCUUUGCAUUCCCAUUGAAAGCAAUUUAAUUCCCCAAUAAAUAUUUUGAUCUUUCUAGCUGAUGUAUAUGUAUAGUUUUUAUUAAACUUUUCUUUAGUCCUUGGAUAAAUAAAUGCCAUGAAAGUGGCCUUAUGAACUGUUGAGUGAGAUUCACUGACUAGGUAACACGUAGUAUUGUUGCUGUGGUGCAUAUUUGCAUAUCUGAAUUCAUUUUACACUGUUGACUGCUGUUUUAGCUCACAGUAUUGUUUUAUAAAGGUCUAUUUCAGUUGUUGGCAUGUACAUGGAAAAUUAAAUCUAAAUAAUUAUAAUAAUCCUUACAUUUAAUUUCGCACCUUAUCACGUCUUCUAAUUGUUUUGAAAGCAACAUUCAUUACCAAUCAAAACAUUGUUGAUUGUUUUAAUGCUGUGGAAAAUUGUGGGUGUACUUUAUGUUGCAUAAUGGUCCUUGGAUAUCUUGGAGCCCAAGUAUUUCUCUAAAGUUUACAAAAUCUUAAUACUUUUGAAAUGUUUGGAAGUCCAGAAACUUUUUAACAGUAGUUGAAGUGUUUAUGAUGCCAAACUAUUCAGUUACUUUCCUUGACAUAAAAAAAUGCAGUAUUUGUUACAAAUGAGCACCUCAGAAGACUUAACAAAAUGGUGCACAAUUUAUCAUUUGUGGACAGCCCAGUAGAAAAAUGAUAAUCUUAAUGUCUGUAGAAUUUAAGUUUGAAGCCCCAGACUGUUUGUCAUUAGAAUCUGCCAACUUCAGCCUCAAUGUUGUGGAUAUUUACCUUUGAGGGAAAUGUGUCCAACUCACCAUACUAGACUUUGCGCAAGCUACAAAUUUCACUGCGUCAUAAGCAGAGGUUUUUGGUCGAUAUCGAUAAUUCACUUCCACCCCCUUUGGAAACUUUAAAAGCAAUGCUGUGGUUAUCUUUUUUCCCAGUAAAUGAUAGGAAUGCAUCUGCUUUACUGAAAGUACUCUAAAGAAUCUUAACUCCAGCAAUUGUUACUUAUAUGUAUAAUGCAUUUGGAAAUUGAGGGUGGAUUUUUACAAAUGCACAUAUUUGUAGAAUGUAAGCAGAAUUUGAAGCACAUUCUAUUGCUAUAAGGUAGUUUUGAUGUGCAAGGAGGGGCCUCUCGUUAUCAUUACCUCCAGGGCAAUUACUGUGCUACUUCAUUUUUAUAUGUAUGCAUUGUAUCAAGAAAAGUGUCUAAGGGCAAUUGGAACAGAUUGUAUGAUUGAAAUAGCAAUUGUUGCAGUUGUUAUGGCAAUAUGUUUGCUGUAAAUCAAACUAACACCUUUCUUGCCUUCCUGUCUAUUCACCCAUUAGUGAUGUGUUCCAGAAGGUUAUUGGGACAAUGAGCUUGAUCUGUGUCCCUAUUUUAACAAAACAUGAGCUAAGACAACCAUUUAAAUUUAAGGACAAAUGUUGGCAUGUCAUUUAAAUUGGUGUAUUCAUUUAAAAUACCUACUGCAUAGAUUUUACAGAAGAAAACAGUAAUAGUAUUGCUAGAUUGUUUCUGACAACAAUGUACAGUAUGGAUUGUGCAAUAGCAAAGAUUUUAAAAAAAUGUUAUCCUUUUGCAACUUUUCUGCCUCUGUUGUCCUUUAUUCAGGUGGAUGGGUAUUUUGGGUUGAAAAUUGGGAAAAUAUUUUUUCUUUCUCUUCCGUGGAAAUGGGUAGCAUUGUGAUGUUGGAGGACUUCAUCUAUUGGUAUGAUCAAGAACCAACAAACCCUGUCUAUAUAGGCUUCUCAAAUUCAAUUAGAGUUAAAUGUGAGAUUUAAUCCAGGAGAGUUAACAGUAUUGCUAGAACUAAUUUGGCCAUCUGCCUAAUCCAUAGCAUUUUACCUUAUCCAUCAUAUAUUUACUAAACGUUUAACUUGAAGAUACUUUUAAUUUGGUUUUGCGUUAUGUGUUACAUUUUUUGGGGCGAGAGGUAAAAUCUCACAUUGUGAAAUUAGUUUCAAAAAAAGGAAUAUUUGUCUUCAAUGGGAAUUUGGAUAUACUGACAAUUUUACUUACAGCAAAGAUCAAUUAGUGUUGUACACAAGACUCCAAAUAUUUUGUAUUGCUGCAGAAAAAAACAGUUCAGUUUGAAUGCAGGUGGGGAAUAUGAACCAGUAGACUUACAGUACAACUAUCCCACAUGAUUUUGCACUUUUGUUCUGAAAUGUAAUUUUGCUAUUUGUAUUUGCACCUGGUGUUCUGAAGUUUGGGCAGUAUUUUUAUAUGAUGUCCAUUCAGCACAAUUGUAAAUAAAGAUGUAUAUCAAUUAUGA